AGUAAGGCAACUGAUGUAGUAACCAUCUCUUCCAAAUACAAGCAGAAGUAUGAGUGCCGAUUACCAGCUGCCGCAAUGAAAAUCCAUCAAGACAAAGAGGAAGAUCCACAGAGUUACAAUGGACUAGGGAUCUCAGAACUGCUGAAGCCAAUGGAAGCAGCUCCAUGCCUUAUUAAAACUAAGGAUUGGUGGACAUAUGAAUUCUGCUAUGGGAAACACAUCCAACAAUACCACAUAGAAGAAUCUGAAAUCAAAGGUGAUAUUCUUUAUCUUGGGUAUUACCAGUCUGCAUUUGAUUGGGACAAUGAAACAGCAAAGGCAUCAAAGCAACACAAGUUGAAGCGGUAUCACAGUCAGACCUAUGUCAAUGGAUCCAAGUGUAACCUGAAUGGGAAGCCCAGGGAGGCUGAAGUCAGGUUUUUGUGUGAGGAAGGUUCAGGAGACUACAUUGCCCGUGUUGAUGAGCCCCAGUCCUGUUCCUAUGUGCUGACGAUCCAUACCACCCGCAUCUGCCACCAUCCGUUUCUGCGGCCACCAUCCACAGCCACCCCUCAGACCAUCCGUUGUCACCCAGCCCUGAGCCCUGCUGAAUAUGUGGAAUAUGUCAAGGCCCAAGUAUCUGAUACCAAGCGCAAAGUGGAGGAAAUUUCUGAAGAGCUGAAGACUCUAGAUACGCAGCUGUGGACUGAGCAAGAUGUCAGCCCUGCUACUCAGGAUUCCAAUGGAAAUGUGACUCCAGCCCCUUCUCCUCCUCUUGAGAACGAAGCUGGGGAUGAUUCUGAUUUCUGGGAGCGAGUGUUGCAUGGAGAUGGGAAAGCAGCCCAGAUGCCAGACCAGACAAAGGAGGAAGAACCAGGCAUGAAGACAGCAGACAGUCGCCUAGCAGAUUUUAAGAAGAAGAUACAUUUCAAAGUUAUUCGAAACCCUGGUGACUUGGUUCAGUUUAUUCAAGAGAUGAAGGAGAAUGCCAGGAAGGGCAAAGAGAAGGCUAGUGAAUCUGAUGUCACAGUGCAUGAAAGCCCACCCCAAAGUAAAGCAGACUCAGAAACGGAACACUCUGAAGAUGGAGCUCAGGAAGAUGAGGAAGAUGAAGAAGAUCUACUAGGGAAAUUUGAGAAGGAAUUGGAAGAUAUUCUGCUGCCUAAGUCUGAAAUGGCCAAGCUGAAGGAGGAGGUGAAAACCGAGAUGGAGAAGGAGUUUGACAACAUCAUUGAUGAGGUUGAGGAUGAACUGGAAACAAAAGGCCUGAAAGGUGAGUUUGACCGAAAACAAGCCUCCAAGUCUUUGGCUUCUACCCUCAACAAACUCAUUGACAAGUUGGAUCCUGGCAAAGCCGCACAUCAAGAAGAUAAGGUGCAGAAGCAGGAGGAGGAAGAGGAAGAGGAGGAGGAGGAGGAGGAGGAGGAGGCAGUAGAUGGAAGCAACACUGCUAAAGAAAAUGCCCCUAAGCCAACCACUGAUGGCGACCCAGACGGGCGCGUGAAAGUCAGGGUCACUAAAGUAAAGCCAGGUAGCGCUCAGCAGAAGGAGCUGCGAAUCCAAGAGAUGAGCAGGGACAACCCACAGCUGCGCCACAUAGAGAGUGUGGUUAAGGACCUCUUGGAGAAGGAAGGCCUGAAGGCAGAAGGUAAAAUUGAAAUCAAGAUUGUGACAACUGGUGGCCUUGGAGAUGACGAUGACACCCACUGGCUCUCAGAAGAAGACACCAAGAACCUCAAAGACAUCUUCUUCAAUAUUUUGAUCCAGGGCACAGAGGAAGCACAUAAAGAGCAGCGGCGGCAACGUCAGCUGGAAGACAACUACCGUUUUGUGUGGGGGCGUAACCAAGAAGAGCUGCCUACCACUGGUGGGACUGAAUCAGACGAUUUAGAUUUCUGAUCUUUUGCCAAUCUUCAGAACUCUGGCAUCCAUGGAAGCUCCUCUGCAGGAUUUGGCUGGCACCUUUUCACUCAUGUGCAUCAGGAGGACCAAUAUGUUUUGUCGCUAGAAUCUCAUUUGAAUGUGCAUAAGACAUUGGCAAGCCCAAGGCAAGCACUACUCCGAGCUGUGAAUUGUCUCCUUUAGAGCUGUUGCUGUCAAGUGAGUUUCUCUAAGGCACCCACUGCCACAUUUCCUCUCGCACUUUAAUGGCUUCUGUAGGCUGCCUCAGAUGGAGACAGUGGCAUUUCUUCAGGACCCAAGCUAUGGUGCCCUCCUUUUUCAAGCUAUUGGCCUCAGUCCUCAGCAUCAGAAAUGCAACGUGGUGCCCAAAUCUUGACUUGAAAAUGAUUAAAGGCAUGCACAAGAGAGAGAGAGAGAGAGGAUCCCCAUACAGAAAAUGCCCAUCGAUUCACCACAAGACUGAAUCAAGUUGGAGAGCUAAAACUGGUGCCCUUCUGUUUCCAAAGCCCUCAUAAAUUGGAAGGAAUUAUCUCAUGUUUUAUGUCUCACCUCUGUGCCUUGAAAUGUCGAAUCAGAGGAGAGGACACUCUUUGCUUGUGCUGUGUUGACCUCCUCUCAGCAAUCUUUUUCUUUAGGUCUAAACAUUUGAAUUGUGGGCAGAUCCGCUCCAGUGUACAGGCUGUCCCUUGACUAUCUUCAUUUCUGGAGCAUCCUUUGUGUACUGAAUCCAGCAAAGAAAUGUGGUGGAGGGUUGGGAGAAAGGCUACUGUAGGCUGAUCUUCCUAGCCAUGUUGUUUCACAUACUAAAGGGCCUUAGACAUAGGAGUAUGUGAACUGCAUUAAAAAUGCUGCCGGUGUAACAAAUUCCAAGCUUCAUGGAGGUACGGGACUGGCUAUUCCUUCUGUGAAGUCUCAAGCAGUGAGCCUAGCUGAAAUUUGUGCAGCAAGACAAUGAUUUGUUUCAAAUGCUGUUGAACAAUCUGGGCUACUGCAUGGGUGACUGGAGGUGAGGAAUUGUGGCCAAGGGAAGGGGCAAGGCUGAAGGAAUACUGCUGCCUUCCUUGACACAUCCAGGACAAUUCACAAUUCAUUUUUCUAUCAAUAAAUCCAGAUGAACCCAGCCUAGAGUUUGGUGUUCGCUUAUGUGACUUUGUAUGGAUGGUACUGGCUAUAGGAGUGAUCUGAGCAGAGCAUCAAGUCAUCUCUGUAUUGAAAUAAAUAGGGUGGCUUCUCUUUAGUUCUUAUUAAAAAAAAAACAAGUAUCACUUCAAUACAGGCGUAUGCUGUAGGGUUUGGUGAUCAGUCUAAACCAUUUUUUUGUCUGGUACAAUAAAUGCUGCAUUGUGAAACUUCA